AAGAGUUUUAAUCGAUAAUUUUUGGUCAUCAAAAUUAGUACCUGCAAAGAGGUAUUUUUUUUGCAUGCCAUCAUGAAGAACUUUGCGAUAGUUUUUGUGUCGUUACACUUAUUAUGGACUGUAACAGCUUUUAAACUAAAUGACGGUCAAACAUCAGCAACCAAAAAAUCCGACUACGUUCUUCUCGAUGAACCACACCCAUGCACCCGAAAAUGUAUCCAGGGUGAGUCCAUGGUGUGCCACUACAACUUCGAAGUAGAAAACUACUACACCAUGUCCAAAGCGUGCCACGAUUGUCCAUCUAACCGUACCGAUUGCUUCAAGAAAGAUUGCAUAGCAGCAGACGGACACGAUCGAGCCCUAGUUUCUGUAAACAGGCAAAUACCUGGACCUUCUAUUGAAGUGUGUCUAGGCGAUCAAAUAAUCGUCAAAGUCGAGAACCACUUGAUGACGGAAAGUACCACCAUCCAUUGGCACGGCCAACAUCAAGAAGCCACACCCUACAUGGACGGAGUCCCUUACGUGACCCAAUGUCCAAUUCCACCCAAAACUUCUUUCACGUAUAAUUUCAAUGCUACCUAUGCCGGCACCCAUUUCUGGCACUCACAUAUAGGUAUGCAAAGGGUCGAUGGUUGUUACGGUCCACUUGUAGUGCGAGUACCCGAAGAAAGUAACGCACUUGCGCCUGUUUACGAUUACGAUCUUCCUAUACACACCAUGAUGUUGAUCGACUGGGAAGGAAUAUCUGCAGUGGAAAAGUUUUUGUAUCACAGUCAUAGUAUUGGUAAUAAUAAGCCUGCUACGCUUUUGAUUAACGGUAUGGGCAGUCAAAAGGAGUUUGUUCAUGAGAAUAAAACUAUAUAUACACCAUUGGCAAGAUUUCCAGUAGACCAAGGCUACAGGUAUCGUUUUAGAGUGAUAAACGCAGGAUAUUUAAAUUGUCCCAUUGAAAUGUCGGUUGAUAAUCAUACAAUGGAAGUGAUUAGUAGUGAUGGAGCUGACGUAAAACCAGUUAAAGCCGACUCCCUUGUGACCUACGCAGGAGAAAGAUUUGACUUCGUUUUAACUGCUGACCAACCGAAAAGUCUUUACUGGAUCAGAUUCCGUGGUUUGAUGGACUGCGACGAAAGAUAUAACAUGGCCCAUGAAGCUGCCGUAUUAGAGUACUACACAGGAUCAGCUAAACGUGAGGAUGAUAUAACAACUAAUUCAAGAUUCUUAAAAGAUUUUGUUGAACUGAAAGAUGACAUUCUCCCUCCAAGCAAACCUAAUUGGAAUGAUUCUCAUAAGCCAGGCAUUCAAAUCAAUUCUCUAAAUGAAGGCACAGAAGGCAAAAAAACACACAUCAGUAUGCCCGAAUUGUCGGCCUUGCAAAAAUGGGACCGCAGUUUGGAGUUCAAGCCCGAUGUCCAGCUUUUCCUUGGCUACGAUUUUUACAAACUGGAAAAUUAUCACUUCCACAGGCCCGGCUACGAGUUUUAUAAUGUUACUCCAGCUAACCAAAUGCUUACUCCUCAAAUAAACCACAUUUCAAUGGAAAUGCCAUCGUUUUCGUUGUUGAGCCAAAGAGAUGAAAUUGUAGACGAUACGUUCUGUAACGAAACUACUGUACAAGAUAAGGAUUGUGUCAACAAUUAUUGCGAAUGCCCUUACGUUUAUCAGAUCCCUCUAGACGCUGUCGUCGAACUGGUAAUAAUUGACGAAGGUUUCGCCUACAACGCAAAUCAUCCCCUUCACCUCCACGGCUACGCCUUCCGUGUCGUAGCAAUGGAAAAAAUCGGCGAAAAUGUCACAGUGGCUCAAGUCAAAGAACGCGACGCCCAAGGUUUAAUUAAAAGGAAUCUUUUGGAUGCACCUUACAAGGAUACAGUAACUGUGCCCGACGGUGGUUACACGAUCGUGAGGUUCCACGCAACAAAUCCAGGAUUCUGGAUAUUCCAUUGCCAUUUGGAAAUGCACGUUGAAGUUGGCAUGGCCCUAGUAUUCAAAGUAGGCGACAAUAAGCAAAUGCUAAAAGUACCCGAAGGAUUUCCGCGUUGCGGCAAUUAUGCACCAAUUGCAAGCAAUUGAAAGAACAAAAUUUGAAUCAUAAAUCAGAUUAUAGAGACACCAAAAAGUUGCCAUAUUAGUGAUAUUAAAAAUCCUUAAAAUUGUACAAAUUGUGAAUAUAAAACCUAUUUUUGAUUUGAUUUCCCAG